GGAGAUCAAAAUGGCCAAUAUUCGCGUAAAGGAUCAGCAAAAGACUUCAUCGGGGUCUCCAAAGGCGGAGGUGGGAGAGGUUGACACCAGAGCACCCUUCCAAUCUGUCAAAGCUGCUGUUAGUCUUUUUGGUGAAGUCGUUACUAAAGGAAAACAAGCAUCACCCAAGAAAAAACUUUCCGAGAAUGAACUGGACAAGGAGACACAGCUUCUGUUGGCCCAGAAAGAACUCACCAGUAUUAAGCAACAACUAGGGAGUGCUGAAACCACCAAAGCUCGAGCACUUUCCGAGCUUGAUAAGGCUAAGAAAACACUUGAGGAACUAAAUACCAAGAUCAAAAGUAUAAGCCAGUCCAAGCAAUCAGCAAUGAAAGAUGCAGAAGAAGUCAAGGCUCGCGCUAAGAAUCUGGAAGAGGUGAAAGCCAGAGAAUCAACUGAAGGUGCUGCUUGGAAACAGGAAUUGGACCACGCAAGAAACGAGUACACAGGAACCGUCACCCAACUGGAUGCUGCAAAGCAAGAGCUCACUAAAAUCCGCCAGGACUUUGAUGCCGCCUUGGAAGCAAAACUGGUUGCAUUCCAACAGGCAGGAGAGGCUCAGCGUUCAGCAAAGGUUAACUCCGAUAGGAUCACUGAGCUCCAAAAGGAAAUUGCAGCCAUGCAUGGAUCCAUUGAGCAGCUCAAAGUUGUCUCUAUACAUGCCCAACAAGAGCAGGCAAAGGUUGUUGCUGAAAGGGAGGCCCGCCUACAAGCUUACAGAGCUGCCAAGCAACAAGCAGAAGACAAACUGCUAUCUCUCAGGGAGGAAGUUGAUCCUGAACUAAUCAAAAUUCUGGAAGCAAAGCUUGAACAAACAACAGUGGAAGUUGAGGUAUUGCAAGAGGAAAUGAGAAAAGCCCACGCGUCCGAGAUGGACUCUGUGAGACUAGUGACAAUGGAACUGAAUGAAGCCACAAUGAAGCUCCAGGAAGUUGCUGAAGAAGAGAGCUCGCUUCGGAGCUUAGUUAGCUCCCUCAGGCUGGAAAUGGAGGAUGUGAAAGGGGAAAAGGCUGAACUCAUGAACAAGGAAAUGGAACUGGAAGCUCUUACUACUAAUCUGACUGCUGAUAUAUCGAAAAACAAACUCGAGGCUGAGCGGGUCAAGGAAGAGGCGGAUCGUGCGGCACUCCAGCAGUUGUCAUCAAAAACUGAAAGUGCAAGACUGGAAGUGGAGAAGAUGAACCAAAAUGCUGCUCAACAGAAGCGAGAAGCUGAAGAUAAUCGAAACUCAGCAGAGGAAGCAGAGAAAAAACUUAAAAUUGCACGGGAAGAAGUUGAAGUUGCAAAAGAAGCAGAGCAAAAUGUCCUGGAACAGCUCAAGGCCUUAUCUGGGAGACUUCAUGACACAGCAGAGAGCGUUACUCCUAGUACAACUGGGAAGAUCAAAUUAUCAUUGGAGGACUAUGAAUGUUUGAGUAGGAAAGUGAAGGAAUGUGAAAGCUUAGCUGAGAUUAGAGAGGCAGAGUGCAUUGUCCAAGUAGAAGCCAUCAGGGUGAGAAAGAAAGAAGCAGAUAGGAAGUUGGAGGCCAACUUAAAAGCGAUAGAGGAAAUAAAGACUGCAACUGACUUGGCAUUGAAAAACGCAGAGUCGGCAGAGUCGGCAAAAUCAGUGGUUGAAGGUGAACUUCGCAAGUGGCGUCAAGAAGAACAGACGGUGGUGGCAGGCGAGUCAUCAAGGUCACCCUUCUAGCAUUUUGCUUCCC